GCAUUCUGGUCUACUUCCUGUCAGACAGGUAAACCAUAAAGUGCAGGAGAAUCGGUACCAGUCGCUUCAAAGUCUAUGGUACCAGUGUAGUUUAUAAUGGUUUAUCAGGAGGCAGAGAUGUAGCUUCGGUGCUUCGACAGCUGAAAAUAGAAGAAGAGAAGGAGGAAACAGUCUGCUGAAUAAAUCCCGCCGCUGGAUCUGUGCCUCUCCAGGUGCAUCAGGAUCACUUGCAGCUCAUCAUGGUGGACUACUACCUGGUUUUAGGAGUACAGAGGGAUUCUACUGCAGAUGACAUCAAGAAAGCGUACAGAAAGCUGGCUUUAAGAUGGCACCCAGAUAAGAACCCUGAGAACAAGGAGGGUGCAGAGAUGAAGUUUAAAGAGUUGUCAGAAGCUUAUGAAGUCCUGUCAGAUGCCAACAAGAGGAGCAUAUAUGACCGUUACGGUAAAGAGGGGCUGGUGGGGAGCAACAAUGGAAGAGGUGGACAUUUCCCCAAUGGAGGACAUUUCCACGAACCGUUCACAUUCCGCAACCCGGAGGACGUCUUCCGGGACUUUUUUGGUGGUAGAGACCCGUUUGCAGACUUAUUUGGCUCGGAUCAGUUCUUCGACGAUCCGUUUUUCGGCGGUGGCAGGCGGCACCACGGUCGGCCGAGCCGCAGUCAGACUGCAGCCCCGUUCUUCGGAGGUUUCGGUUUCCCUCCUUUCGGUGCUGGCCUCACACCUUUUAACCCAGAAUUUGGUUCUUUUGGUCCAAUGAGUGCCAUGGGCCACAUGGGCCACAUGGGUCACAUGGGCCACAUGGGUCACAUGACAGCUGUGAGCAGUCUGGGAGGCGGUGGCUUCACUUCUUUCUCUUCCUCUUCAUUUGGAGGAGGAGGAGGAGGAGGAGGAGGAAGUAAUGGAAACUUUCGCUCUGUGUCCACCUCCACUAAGAUCAUCAACGGCAGAAAGAUCACUACUAAAAGGAUUGUAGAGAACGGUCAGGAGCGUGUGGAGGUGGAGGAGGAUGGACAGCUACGCUCCGUGACCAUCAACGGUAAGGAGCAGCAUCUUCGGCUGAAACACAAGUAAAGACACAGACACGCGCCGCUGCAGAAGAUUUACCUCAACAACUGGACCAAUGACCUUUCAACUCCAAACACCAGGAACCUGAAGCAACACAUGACGUACAUGUACAUACUUCUGUUCCCAUCAUGUCUGAAGGUUUGAAGGAAGACUUCUAUGCAUUCUGCUGGUUCUGACUGGAACCACUCAGCUGAUGUUCUGAUCCCAUCAGGAGCUUUUUGUUUCAGAACAUUCUGUGUGCAGAAUAAUGGGUCAGUUAGAACUUCUACCGAGGUUUUAUAAAGUGUCUAAAACCACUACGUUUCUGUCACACUGUCCCUUUGCUCGUCACAUAUCGAUGCUUGGUCAGGCUCCCUUUUUUUGGUUUUGACGUGUCAGGUACCCUCCUCGCAUCACUGGUCUGUGGUUAAGUUUAGGGAUGUUUAGGGUUAAUAGACAAUAAGUUUAGGGUCAUGGUUAAUGGUUAGUGUUAGGAUUACAUUACAUUUUCUACACUUUUCAAAAAAACUGACAACAGGCUCCUCCUCCACGUUCUCAUCUCGUCAACAACUGGCAUGAGGGGGGGUACCCAACACGUCCAAACUGAACAGAGAGGGAACCUGGGGUUAGGUUAGUGUUAAUAUGUGACGAGGUUGGGGUACGAAUGUGUUGCCCCCUCCUGUUAUUUAAAAACAACAAUAAAACCAAGAGUUUUUUUUCUGACAGAAAACAAGCAGAGGUGGUGAUGGCUGGUCCAUUAGAGGAACAGCAGCACCACUAAAGUAAAGGUCUGAUAUAUUCCUUGAAGGAAUGCAUGUCACUCACUGCCUCUCUGAGGGUUUACAGCUCCGAUCAUCUGUUAAUGAGAGGGAAGUCUCAGCAAUAACACUCACCAUGUCAUAGGUGAGAACUCUCAGCUACUACCACAUCAGAUGUUAACGCAGUACGUAUGAAACUGAGUUGAGUUUACAGUCGGUUGUUUUGUGGCAGCCAUGUUUGUUUUCAUCCAGUGGUCUCCAAGAUGUUUUAACACUGAGGUGGUAACAUUUAGAGUUACGUUACGAAAUAAAUAAAAACAGUCUUUUUUAAUUAAAUAGUUCAUUUAAAACUCUUGUUCAGUUCAUCUGGUCUUUAUUUUAUUAUUUUUUUAGAAAGAUCUGAUCCGGCUUCUGGCUCUUUGGUGUUUUAGUCAACCUACAGAUAGCUUGUUUUUACAGAUGCUCAGCCAAAGUUUGGGGUAGUAGUAGCGCUAAGAGUCAUUGUUAGGGGUGAUGGGGGCUUAAAGCCCCACACAGCAGCCAGUUAGUGUGAAGGUCCAGGUCCAGCACCAAGAGAAGGUGGAGAAACUCAGUACAUUCAUAUUUUAUGUCUCUAUCUCAACACAUUCUGAGUGACAGCUUUAUUUCAAACUGAAGCUUUUUCGUCAAGAACCAAGAAAGUUGUUCUUAAUGUAAUGCAGAGCUCCUGAUUAACCACGCCCACCUUACAUUCUGACCAGUCACACAGGAGUUGUCCAAUGAUGAUGUGUUGAGAAGGGGCUGAGAGGGGAGAUGAUGUCAUUCUGUGUCAGCUGAGCAGAGGGAAGAAUGUGAUUGGUUGUUGACUCUAGUAGCCUUCACACAGGUACGAUAGGUGAUAGACAUUCCUUUAACAAACAGUUCUUUGACAUUAAUACAGCAGUGUCAUAUUUGCAUAAAUUACUGUAUUUAUUCAUGUAUAAUACUAGAAAUUUAACCCUAAAAAUCAUCCAUAAAAUUGGGGAUAGUAUUAAACACGGGUUAUUGAUAAUUAGAUUUUUAUGCUUUGUAAGAUAAAAUGAUUGUAUUAUACAUGAAUAAAUACGGUAGUUGAUUUUUUGUUUUUAAAUCAAAGUAAAUGUAUGAUGGAUUAUGGUUGUGAAAUCUUUUUUUUCUUUCUUUUUCAAAGUAGGGCUGCAGAAUAUAAAAGCUUGUGAUGAGUUAUUAUUCUUUAUAUUCAGAUGAUGAUGAUAUGAGUUGCAAUAAACCCACAUUUCCUCAUUUCUCACGUCUCUUCUGCGAUGAGUACGAUGUGAACCAGGUGUGGCUUCAAGGCCAGUCAGAGUCUGUUGGAUUGACCAAAUAAUUGAUAUUCUUAGCUGAAUGUGUGGUAGCUGAAAUAUAACGAGCUGUGACUUGUUGUCCAAGCACUUCUUUGCCAUAUUCAUAUUGCGAUGGCGGUAAUAUUUUUGAUUUACUGUGCAGCCCUAGUAUUUUUAGUACCAUGAUACUUUGAAGCUGUGGUAUUUUUACUUGAGGUUAUCAUCCUGUCAGGUCUCAUACAAGCCCUCUUGUUUCUGAAUUCAAAGUUUACUUUGACUUGUAAAAAGAACUGAGCUCAUGUUUAGUAUUUGUCUUGAUUUUUCUGAGUAAAUAAUUUUAUUUAAAAAAAUAGAAAUGCAGAACUGCUUAAAUGAAUCAUACAUGUUUUCUGUUUGUUUUUUUCUGCAUGUUGAUCUGUUGAAAUUGAGUCUUAAUGUUGGAGCUGCAUUUUGAUGCACAUGAGACUGAAACCUUUCUGUAAAUUAGACAUAAAUGUGUCGGGAACUUUGUGUACUUUGUAAAACAAUAAAGUUUGCUUUAUCUUGCUGGGAUGCUGAGGUCUUGGCUGCCAGAAAGUA